AUGGAGGUGGAGGGGUCCAUGGCCGAGGGUGGCUCCCCUGAGGGGUCUAUGGCCGACCGUGAACCUUCCGUGGACUCAUCCGACUCAGAGUCCGCGGCGUGUCCCCGGCAAGCUGCGGAGCAGUUCAUUGCCGGAGUGAUCGCCAGAAUGGAGCCACAACAACCAGACAUCAUUCAAGCGGUGUCUGCCUGGCAAGCUCUCAGCGGCUUGGGCCGUGCUUUUCGCCGCAGGAAUCGCCGCGGCCAACGCCGCGAAAGUUUCCGGGCCGACCAUAUAGAUGAGUUUUGGAGUCAUAGCUGGCACGGAGGCCAGUGGAAGAAGAUCUGGACGGCCAUCUACCUGAACAACUCUUGGUACGCGUCGCUUCUCGCCACCCUCGGCUCGGUCGCAAUAGGCCUGCUUGUCGGGUUUGGGAUCUUGCCAGUCCCUCGGUUCCAGCAGGCCCCAGCAUAUCCACCCGAUGUGCGCAGCCGAGACUCCUGCAUCUGCAUGGCCGUGGGCCUCUUCUUGUACUGCUUCCUUCUGAUUGCCUGGCGGCCGUGGCACCGCAUCUUCGUGGACAUUCUGUGCAUUGACCAACAUGAUUCGGAGAGGAAGACUGCAGCUCUUGUCAGCAUGGGGGCCUUCCUGAAGAUCUCAGACACACUCGUUGCCGCUCGGCCCCGGGUUGCGUUGUUGGGGAUGAAAGAGGAUCCUAUUGCAGCCCAGGUCUUCUGGGAUCCGUCGUAUAUCUCGUCGCCUCUGGUGUUUGAAAUGGCUGGUUUUCUGCACAGCCGAGCAGCCAACAAGCCGGCGAAGCUCACCAUUCGGCCGACAGUUCUGGGACCUGGCUUCAUCUCGCUGCCCAUCGCCCUGUCGGUUGUUCUGCUUGCCCUCGCACUUAUCCCAGAGGAUGUCAUUAGAAAUGAAAGAAUGGUGGUCGCGGCUCUCUUCGCCUUCGCGUCCUUCUACGUGAGCGUUGCUGCGCUGCGCGCGUACUACCGGUCUGCGAAGCUCCUGGAGACAGAGCUCGCAAGCUUCACCGUCAAAGAAAGCCGCUGCUGGUGCUGUAAUGAGUUGACAGACCAUACCGACGAGGGCGAAGAGGUGAUCUGUGACCGACAGGUUGUUCUUCGCUGCAUUGUCACGUGGUUUGGCACCGUCGAGAGCUUUGAGGAACGAGUGCGCACGGAAGUGCUAGACUGUCUGGUUGACCAGCUGUCGAAGAAGAUCUUCACCUACAAGCAGUGUGCGGCUGCUUCGUUGCCCUUGUUCUGGUACCACAUGGACCGGGUAGCGGUGAAAGCCGCUGAGGAGGGUACGACGUCGGGAGCUUUCCGGGAACUCGCCCGUGGAAUCGCCUGGACUUUCGGGGCUUUGCCGGUGAUCUUCUGGAUUAUUUCUACGCUUGCCCUUUUGUGGCGUCGCCAGUAUUGCGGCUGCUGCGGCGGGGUUGUCAUGAAUUGCUUGAUCCUUGUGAUCGUGGUGGCUGCCUUUGUCGGGAUGCUCCAAUUGGAGGACCUAUGUUGGAAGGUGGAUUUUGUGGACCAAGGCAAUGCAGAUCACCUGCUUGAAGGCUCCUGUUUUUUCAUGUGCCUCAUGCUCUUGGUUGCAACUUUGGUCUUCGCCUGCGCUCGGAACCUGGUCAGCGUUGCAACGCUUCGCAGUCGAGAUCGCAAGUAG